UGGUGUGGGAAUCUUAACAAUUAUGAAAUUCGUAACUCUAAUCAUCAAGAGAAUACACUAUCUUUGUCGCAAGAACAGCAAAAGUGAUUUCUCGUAGUUAAUUAUUAGAUGUACUACUUUCGAAUGAUUUAAUUAUUGAUUCUUGGGCCAUUAUAAUCCAUAGCAGAAAUUGUGAUAGUGAAUGCCACUAUAUCACCAAAUUGAGGAAAAUUAACGUUAAGGAAAUUAGGUUGACAAAUUGUCUUUCUUUUAUCAUACUUUGAUUAUUUGUGAAUAUAUGGUGGUUGCAAAAGAUUAUUCGUAUGGUGUUACGUGACUUCAAAAGCGGGUCGGUUGAGCACUAUACGUCGACGUUUUGGGUCAAUAAGCUGUAGACGGCGUCGUUUGGCUCGAUCAGGCAGCUUCCAGUUAAAGAAAUACAGAUUACAGAGCGUGAAGCCUACAACUUCUUUCUCUGAAUUUCUCUGCAUCCAGCUGCAGCAAGUGCAACAAUGGUAGCUUGGCAGCUCUUCAUUCUCCUUCCAUUGUUCCUCUUUUCCAUUCUCUCGACAAACAAUCUAGUCAAAUGUGAUGAUGCAGAUGCAGAUGAUGUUCUUCUUCAAGGCAUCAACACCUACCGGGCAUCCCUCAACUUGACAACACUAACAAAGAACGACAAUGCAGACUGUCUUGCUGAUGAAAUAGCUGACCAAUUCAAGAACCAACCUUGCACAAACACAACAGGUGCUAACACAGUACCCGGCACCGAACCUCAGCUUCCGAACUACCCGACACUUCUAACCAAGUGCCAUUUGAAUGUCUCCAAUACGAGGGAUGGCAAUGUGAUGCCUGCUUGUGUUCCCAACCUGAUUCCGAGUCUCGUGCUAUCCAACUUCACACAGUCUCUGUACUCGGAUAGUCUUAACGAUACCAAGUAUACAGGAAUUGGCAUUGGUUCUGAAGGUAACUGGAUAGUUGCUGUUCUCACCACAAACACACCGGAAGGGAGCUUUGUGACAUAUAAUGGAGCCAGUUUCAUCAGCAUGACUGGUGUGUUAUGCCAGUUGCUCUUUUUACUCAUAAUUUCUUUCUUAUUGUUGUAAAGCCUUGAAUUUCACUCAGUGUCUUUGGGUUAGGGGGGUGCCACUUCCUUUAAAUGGUUCGUUUAUCCGCAUUUGAAUUUGAAUUUGAAUCAGGUAGGCAUGAUUUAAUGGUGGUUCUUGUUUGAUAGACUGUAUUUUUAAAAGCUAAAUACUACCUUAUAAGUUGUUUGGUCAGCUUUCAAGUGUUUGGUUAGUUGUAAUUGUUUAGUGAAGUUU